CGCUCAGAACGCGUCAUUACAAGACGACGGUGCAGGCCUUCUCCGAUGCGCCUCUAGUUUCGUUCUCUACGGAUCAACAAGUGGACAAUGUGGAGCUCAUCGUAAGUGCAUCAAGUAUCGACGACAAUGUCAGCCCCAUGCUGAAAAGGGACUAUGUACUGCUCAUGAGAGGAUCGACCACUAUAAAGUCUGGAAGAUUAAACCAGAAGCAGUACAGAUGAGAGCAGGGGCAUCGCAGUGGAUAGACUCGUUCUAAUCUGGAAGUCUCGAUGGAAAGGAAUAGCGGUUCCAUCUGGCUAUCUCCGAUUCGUCGUCUUGAUGAGAGUUUGAACACCGACGCUUCGAAUGAGGUUCUCGUCCCAACAGAAGAACAGGGUUCCGACGUACGUGCAACGGAGACGGCAUCUAGUUCCGACAAUCGCCUUAAUGACGCACUGGUUGUGCUGUAUGAACCACCAAAAGGACAACCUUACGAGACGGAGAUAAUAUUUGUGCACGACCUAUAUACUGAACGCUGUAAAGAUGCAUGCAAAACGACAUGGACCAGCGGAAACGGCUUAUGCUGGCCAAAAGAUUUGUUGGCAAAAAAGUUCCCAAGAGCUCGUAUGUUAUCGGUGUCUUAUGAUGCUUGUGUGACUACAAAUAGUACCCAGGGCCGAAUGGACUCCUUGUACCUCGUUGCAGAGAAGGUGGUGGGCAGCCUAUUCCUUUCAAGAGCCAACGUUGGGCAGACAUACAACUGCCCAAUUUUGUUCGUCGGGCAUGGCCUGGGAUGCUUCGUUAUUAAAAAUCUGAUGAUCCAAGCUCGUGAUCAGUGGAAUGAGGAAAGUAAAAAUGAGAAAAGUCGAAAUUUGUUGAGGAACGUCGGUGGGUUUGUGUUCUACUCUCCUUUCAACUCGGGAGUCAAAUGGAAUUUGUAUCAAUUUGAGCCUGGUCAAAGUAAUCCACUGACGAACUGCAUGAAAAUACACGAUCCGGAGCUUAGUCGACUCAAUGGUGCGUUCAGCCGUCUUCGACGACGUAUGCAGAAACAUCGAGAUUCGGAGGAGCUGUGGCAGGUUCUGACGAUCUGCGAGUCAGAUGAAACAAUAUCAAGAACGCCUGGUCAAACACAAAGAUCAGGAACCUAUGUUUCAGAGGGAACGUCUAGAUUCGACUGUGAUUCGUUCUGGUUUGGAAAUGGUGACCAUUUUAAUGUCUGCAAACACCAGUCAGAGGGAGACGCUGUAUAUCAAAGCGUCGAAGAUUUCCUUGCUGCUAUCCUUAAGAGUGAUAAAUCAGCUAGUCCGAACUCCAUACCUGAUUUUAAUCCGACAGCAGAUGAAAAAAUUUGGAAGGCACUUCUCCCCCGGAAGGUGUUCAUUGACCUAUUUCCUAACAGAAUUCCUUUCUUCACAUACGAAUCCUUCACGGAGGCUGUUAUGACAUUUAUCCCAAAGGGAUUUGCUGUCGACGGAUCUGUGGACGAGCAGAGAAGGGAGAUCGCAGCUCUUCUUGCCCAUUUCGACCACGGAACUAGUGGACUGCUAUACAAGGAAAGCAGUGACCAGCAAGACACACACUGUUUACCCAGUAAAGAUUUUCCUUGUCAUCCAGGAAAAAGUUAUCAUGGUCGAGGGCCAUUGCAGCUGUGCUGGAACUACAACUACAAAAUGUGCGGGGAAGGUAUAGGUGAUGACAGCCUUUUGUCCUGUCCUGAAAAGCUAUCACAAGAUCCCGUAAUUGCGUUCAAAUCAGCGCUCUGGUUCUGGUGUACGCGCCAGUGGAACAAGCCAUCCUGCCAUUCUGUCAUGACUGGAAACUGGACUCCAGAAUCUACGGACAUCGAGGCCAACAGGCUGCCAGGUUUCGGAUUGACGAUCAACAUCAUCAAUGGAACUGAAUGUAACAAAGAGUCAGCUGACGCUAAUUCACGUGUAGAGAAGUAUAAAAAGUUCUGUGAGCGUUUGCACGUUGAACCAGGAGAAAACAUGCAUUGCAGAUAUCAGAAGCCGUUUGGACAAGUCUGAGCACGGACAAUAUAAUGAGGAAACAAUCGUCUGACUAGAUAAGUCUGGAAUAUACAAAUCUUUCCGUAGAUGCCGCUUUCCGGCAAGCAUUGGGGGCGAAGAAUGAGCAAAAGUGCUUUAUUCCCAAGAUAAAGCUUUGUUUUCUUUUCUGGACUAAAGUCCAGAAAGAACGCGUCGUAGAUGCAGUUGUCGUACCUGUACGCGGCCAUGCAGUCUUUAUAGUCCAACCCUCCGUCGAAUUUGGAAGCUGUCCGAGAGUCGUGUUCAUGAUGUCCGAACAACGGCUGCGAAUGUAGGAACUGAUGUCAGCUGGUUCUGGCGUGUAGAUGUAUUCAGUGCACGAUUUUGACUUUUUCGGAGAUAAAGAGGUGAGAAAGUAACUCAUGAUAUGUAUUUUACGUUCAUCAUUGUUUACUGUCUUGCUCCUCACAUCAACCUUGACAUGGAAGAUGGGGUUGUGGACAUUGUUGGAUUACGCAAAGAGUCGUUUUUAAUCUAUUCCUUUAUGUAAACACACUAGAAUACAACAACACAGUGGCCGUUUGAAACAUAUGAAACUGUCUUGACCAUUAAGAGCACGUGAUGAAAGCGUCAAAUCCUUAUCGAUUGUCAUCAUGUUGAGAUCAACAAUCAUCAUCAAUAAAAAUUUUCUAGCCAGAGUCCGAGUACUAUGAAACCGUAGUGCUUGGUACUCGGAAUAAAAUGAAAUAUUAUACU